AUGUUUGUGCCAUCACACAACGACGACAAAUCCAACACCCUUCAAGAUCCAACAAAACAACCAGUCCUGAACCAACAGACUCCGUCUUCUGCCUCAAAAUCAUCAAAAGAUCUGUCUGAUUCUGAAGCGGACCCAAAAGGUCAUGGUAGCGAUGCGGAUGACACUGCUACUACCAACAAACCCAAGGGACGCAAGAUAAAAGAUGCUGGUGCAACCUUAGUAACCGGAGCAUUGGCAGGGUUGGGGCAUCUUUUAGACGCCAUCAGUUGA